GCGGCCGUGUGAUGGGGUGGGAGCCGCGGCGUCGGGCCGUCCCGUCCCGCGCCGCCUGGGGACGGUAGGAAGAUGGCGCUGAGGGGAGCUGUGUGACAGUCCUGGCCGUGCCGCCCGCCGGGGCAGCAGCUCUCGGUCUGGUAGCAUGAGAGAGGCGGCACGGGAGCAAGGCCGGUCCUCUCACAUGCUUCGGGUGCAGUUAAAUGACACAGUGAACGGGAGGGGAAAAAAGAACACGGAGAUGACCUCCUUGUUCCGUCUUCUUGCAAGCUCAGAGGGCAGCGAGGCUGAUCGGUGCGAGCCUCAGUAAGCAGGGGAAGUAACCUGAAGAUGUUGACAGAACAAUGAUGGUAAAAGGCAAAGAGAGUCCUGGCUGUAGAAGUAGGACAAGGAGUCAUGAAGUGCCUAAAUAAUAAAAGUCCCACAAAAUGCAAAAGCACCCUUGGGACUUGAUCAUCGACCAAUAGUGAAAGCUGGAAGCAGUCCAUCUGAGGUCAUCGGAGUCCUUUGGACAGUAAAUGAAACUUUCUUGGCAAUAGCCACGUGUGGACUGCAGAGACCACGCCUCCAGCAGUUAACAUUUGCAAUGAAGAAUGCACUGUAGUCUGGAGGAUUUGAGAGAGGAGUGUGCAGUCAAGCCUCUGUUCCUUUCAAGGCUUCGUAAAGCAUAGCUGUGUUCUUCAGACAUAAUAGCAAAAUUGCCCUCUGUUUUUGGUAUGAUGCUGGAGAAGUGUUCCUUCUGUAAAAAAGGGGAAUGUAUCAAACCUGUAAAAGUGGACAGAAAGCCUGGAAAUGCAGCAGCUAAGAUCAGAAUUGAAGCAGAUGGAACCUAUUUUCAGAUCAAUCAGGAUGGAGGAGCACAAAAACUGGAAAAGGCUAAAAUUACUCUGAAUGACUGUUUAGCUUGUAGUGGCUGCAUUACAUCUGCAGAGAGUGUUCUGAUCACUCAACAGAGCCACGAAGAACUCUACAAAGUGUUAACUUCCAACAAGACUGCCGCUCCCAAAGAACAGAAAUUGGUGGUGGUUUCUGUUUCACCACAAUCCAGAGCUUCACUAGCUGCAAAAUGCAAAAUGAGUAUUCUAGAAACAGCAAAGAAGUUGACUGCAUUCUUCAAAAGUUUAGGUGUGCACUAUGUUUUUGAUACAACUUUCUCAAGAAACUUCAGCCUAUUGGAGAGCCAACGAGAGUUUGUAAAGCGCUUUCAAAAGCAAUCUGAAGACAGAAAGGCUUUGCCAAUGCUAGCUUCUGCCUGCCCAGGUUGGAUCUGCUACGCAGAGAAAACUCACGGCAGUUUCAUCAUCCCGUACAUCAGCACCACCAAAUCUCCACAGCAGGUCAUGGGCUCUUUGGUCAAGGGCUAUUUUGCAGAACAGCAGCACUUAAGACCUGACCAGAUAUACCAUGUAACAGUGAUGCCCUGUUAUGACAAAAAGCUAGAGGCUUCAAGGCCAGACUUUUUCAACCAGGAGUACCAAACUCGUGAUGUGGACUGUGUAAUCACCACAGGAGAAGUGCUAAAGUUGUUGGAACAAGAAGGAGUGUCUCUAUCAGAUGUAGAUCCUGCUCCACUGGAUACCAUGUUCCAGAGCACAGCAGAAGCAGAGCUCACGGGCCACUCAGGAGGGGGAUCUGGCGGCUAUUUGGAGCACAUCUACAAGUAUGCAGCCAGGGAGCUCUUUGGAAUUCAAGUGGAUACACUUCAGUACAAACCUUUAAAAAACAAGGACUUCCAGGAGGUGACCCUGGAGAAGGAUGGAACAGUCCUGCUCCAGUUUGCUUUGGCAUAUGGCUUUCGGAACAUCCAGAACUUGGUGCAAAAGCUGAAACGAGGAAAAUCACCCUAUCACUAUGUGGAAGUCAUGGCCUGCCCAUCAGGCUGUUUAAAUGGAGGUGGCCAGAUCAAACUAGCCAGUGACUCCAACAAGGAGCAGCUCCAGCAAGUGGAGAGGUUGUAUGAGUCUCUCAAGAGUGAGAUUCCUGAGGAGAACCGCCCUGUGAGGGAGCUGUACGAGCAGUGGCUGGGCGGCGCAGGGUCUGAGCGGGCUGCGGGGGCCCUGCACACGUCGUACCACGCAGUGGAGAAGGCAAACUCCGCGUUUAACAUCAAGUGGUGAAGCCUGACGCUGCGAUGCCCAGAUGCAGAUACCUUGUGCCUCGUUCUAAGUCGAUUGCAUUUAAGACUCCCAAAGGACAGGUAGAGUUCUGUGCCCCAGUGGGGAGUUUGCAAGGCCUGAGUCCCGCUGGGGAUGAGAACGUGAUGCGCCAUGCGGGCAGGCAGCGUUCAGCUUUAGAGUUGCUGAAGUGACAUGAAGUAAAAACCAAACGCUGACGUAACGCACACAGCAAAAGCAGCAGCGGUGUGACCCAGCCUCUACGUGAUCCUUAGGGACCAGCUCUGCUCCCUUUACAACGCUGCUUCUGCCAGAAGUGAUGAACCUCAGGUCCUGAAGGAUUUGGCUCGCAGUAGCCGCGGCCUGGCCGAGAGGAGCUUGGUGCUGUGUGACAGUGUUACCUGUGCGGGCCUUGCUGGGAUGUCAGGGCACUGUUAGGGCUGUCUCUGUCAGGACAUGCCCAGUUCAUUAUAAAUGGUCUGGUCAGAGCUCA